AAGACAAUUUGGCAUGGUCCAUCCAUAUCGUACUAAUCGCUAUCGUCUUGAUGUCGUACAGUAGUUUGUAGGCUGUAGUGCUGUAUUGAUGUAACAUUUUUUAGUUUUUUAAACUGUUUUUCGUGGGUCAUCUUACGUUCUUAACACUUUACGGGCUACACCUACGGUCUUAACGUAAAUCGUAUUGACGAUCACACGUCGAUUGCCAAUAAUAUUUUUAUCAUUGAACAAGAAAUUAUUUAUUUCUCUUGAGUUGUUAAUUUAUUGUCAUAUCAACAGGGGCGUUUCGUCGUUAAUAAAUUAUCAAUAACUGUUUUGAGUGACUAUUUCGAUUUUCAUUUACUGUACGCGUGUAAGCAGUAAGCACUCAAAUGUACGUUUGUGGCGGACGGCAGGCUAUGAUGGAAAACGAGAGAACGUACGUAGUACCUAGUUUGUUGCAAACGGCGUACUACGCUUGCACCGAUAUCGAGCGUGACAGGUACGACUGUUUGGAGGUACCGGACGUCGAUAUGCGACAUUGUUGCGAGUUGCUGUUUGAAAUAUUAAAAAUCGACAAAAACCUAAACGAGGGCAACGAAAGGCAGACCAUGUUCAGCAGGUUGCAGUUGACCGUCAAUGACAAGAGGUUUGAAAAGAUAUGCGGGGAGGCAGCGUCGCAUGGACACAUAAAUUGCCUGAAACUCGCUCACGAGAUCGGUGUCCCUUGGGUCCCAUGUCUGGAAUGUCUGGAAUGCCUAAGAUACGCAAAGGACAAGUGGGCGUGCAGCAACGCCGCGGAGAACGGUCACAUGGACUGCUUGGUAUACGCACGGGAAAACGGGUGCCCUUGGGACAAGUGGACGUGCAGCAACGCCGCGGGGAACGGUCACAUGGACUGCCUGGUAUACGCACGGGAAAACGGUUGCCCUUGGGACAAGUGGACGUGCAGCUGCGCCGCGGGGAACGGACACGUGGACUGCCUAGUAUACGCACGGGAAAAUGGGUGCCCGUGGGACGAAGAUACGUGCACCUUCGCAGUGGAGAACGGUCACAUGGACUGCCUAGUAUACGCACGGGAAAACGGGUGCCCGUGGGACAAGUGGAUGUGCAGUAACGCUGCGGAGAACGGUCACAUGGACUGCCUGGUAUACGCACGGGAAAACGGGUGCUAUUGGGGCAAGGGGACGUGCAGCAACGCCGCGGAGAACGGUUACAUGGACUGCCUGGUAUACGCACGGGAAAACUUGUGCCCGUGGGACGAGGUCACUUGCACCCUCGCCGCGGAGAACGGCCACAUGGACUGCCUCGUAUACGCACGAGAAAAUGGUUGCCCUUGGGACAUGUGGACGUGCAACAGAGCCGCGAUGAACGGUCACAUGGACUGCCUGGUAUACGCACAAGAAAACGGGUGCCCUUGGGACGAGGGGACGUGCAGCAACGCCGCGAAGAACGGUCACAUGGACUGCCUCGUAUACGCACGAGAAAACGGGUGCCCGUGGGACAAAAGGACGUGCACCCUUGCCGCGGAGAACGGCCACAUGGACUGUCUGGUAUACGCACGGGAAAACGGGUGCCCUUGGGACAAGGAAACGUGCAGCAACGCCGCGGAGAACGGUCACAUGGACUGCCUCGUAUACGCACGAGAAAAUGGUUGCCCUUGGGACAUGUGGACGUGCAACAGAGCCGCGAUGAACGGUCACAUGGACUGCCUGGUAUUCGCACGAGAAAACGGGUGCCCUUGGGACAAGGAAACGUGCAGCAACGCCGCGGAGAACGGUCACAUGGACUGCCUUGUAUACGCACGGGAAAACGGGUGCCCGUGGGACAAGUGGACGUGCAGCUGCGCCGCGGGGAACGGUCACAUGGACUGCCUAGUAUACGCACGGGAAAACGGGUGCCCGUGGGACGAGGAUACGUGCAGGACCGCUAUGCUCUACGGUCACACGGAUUGCCUGAUUUACGCAAGGGAAAAUGGGUGCCCUUUUGAUGGCUUUACACGCCACAUGGCCGGAUUGAGUGGACACAAGGACCGCAUAGAUUACGCAAGGCAAAACGGACAUUUUUAUUAUAAUUGUCACACAUCGCUUGUCUUUUUAUUAUGAUUGUAUGUUAUGAUUUCUUUGCGUUCGCUAUACAUAUCAGUAAAUUAUUUUGUAUCCUGCUAAGGAUCUCGA